GUUUAUCAGUACUUGUUGGCAUUUUUUUCACUCUCUCUCUCUGUCUCCGUAUUGUGUGUGCCAAUAAAAUAAUAAAAAUAAUCGCAUACACUUGCACGAUCAAUGUAUUAAAUCAAACAAUAACGCAAGUAACAUCUGUUUAUCUUCGCAUCGAAGACGAACUAAAUCUGAUAAUUCAUUUGGUUCCAUACGCAAAUCGUUCGUAAUUGUUUCCAGUGUAUUUCAAUAUGUGUGUUUAAUCGAGACGAACAUUCUAUUUUCUCUGUAUCGUCGACGCAACAUUACAUUGAACGUGGACAUUCAAAAUGUAAACGUAGCUCCACCAAACGAAAAAACUCCACAUUUUCUUUAUACGAAUUUAAAAAGAACAAAUAAUUGUAAUAAAUAGAAAGUAGAAAAUUAUAAGAUAAUGUCGACGAAUUGACAUAAUAGGCCUAGAAUUGACAGCAAUACAUAAAGAACAUACAAGUUCCUGGCAACCAAACAAGAAUGGACGAAAAACUCAAAUAUUCAUUGUUACGAGAUCCCAACGAUGACAUCAGCAUUUGGACAAGGCAUGAAAAGCGGCUGUGGUUCAUGACAUUGUUGAUGGGAACGUGUAUGCUGUACGCGACACGAACAUCGGUUCCUUUAUUACUGCCAGCUGUCUCUAGCGAAUUUCGAUGGAGCAAAACGGAAUCGGGAACCGUAUUGAGCUCAUUCUUUUGGGGCUACACCAUUACACAGGUUUUGGGUGGAUACUUUAGCGAUCGAAUGGGUGGCCAACGCGUAAUAUUUGUAGCGGCAAUUGGUUGGUCAUUAAUCACAUUUUGGAUGCCAGAACUGCUUGUGCUAACACCGCGACAAUGGUAUUACACCAUUCCAUUUAUAGUGACAAUAAGAAUAUUGAAUGGCGCCUUACAAGGUGUUCAUUUUCCCAGCAUGAUCAGCAUCACUAGUCAGUAUUUAAAUUCAAGUGAGCGUUCUAGUUUCUUUAGCAUGUUAACGUCGGGUUCGGCGCUUGGUACACUGUUGACCGGCAUCCUAGGAUCAUUUAUAUUAGACUAUUUUGGAUGGCAGAUGGCCUUUCGGAUAAUUGGAUUUUUGGGCAUUGUAUGGGCGUUGAUGAUGCGAUUUUAUACAAUGUCAUCGGAUCGAAAUCGAAUUAUCAAUCUAUCGAUACCAAGUCGAUUGUGCACAACAAAUGUUGGUGCAAAUGAUUCGGUACCAUGGCUACUUCUGUUUCGAAGAUCGGCAUUCUGGGCCAUGGUCAUUGCACACGCAUGCCAAAAUAAUUGCUUCUUUGUACUACUUUCAUGGCUACCAACGUACUUUCAUGAAGGUUUUCCACAAGCAAAGGGUUGGGUUGUGAAUAUGGUUCCAUGGUUGGCGCUGCCGCCAUGCACAUUUUUAGGCAAAUAUAUAACCGAUUAUCUAAUAGCACGCGAUUGGCCGGUGACGAGAGUGCGAAAAAUUCUACAAAGCUGCUGUUUCAUGUUCCAAAAUAUUGCUCUCCUUAUUAUGUGCCGAACAAAGAGUUUUCACACAGCACUCACAUGCAUGACUUUUGUGAUCGGCGCAUCGGGGUUUCAUAGUAGUGCUGUGAUUGUUACACCACAAGACAUCGCUCCCACACAUUCCGGCUCAGUUUUUGGUUUGAUGAAUACAUUCGGGGCCAUUCCAGGUUUUUUGGGUGUAUACUUGGCCGGUCAUAUUUUAGAAUUGACACAAAGUUGGUCUGCUGUAUUUAGUACGGCAGCCCUCAUAAAUACUAUCGGAUGGGUAGUUUUCUGCGUCUUUGGCUCAUCACAAAAAAUUGUAUAGAAAUAAAUAGGCAAAAUACUAAAUCAAAUCAACGACAUCACCGUUGACAACAGAAAUCCGAUCACAAGUCGCAUCUCACACACAAAUGUUUUUAUGUUGAAUACAUUUUUUUCUCAUGGACAUUUUUUUUAUUAUUUAAAAAUCAAAAUAAGACCGAAAAAAUUAAUAGAACAUAUUUUU